AAUGCGGUGCGCAGUGUGCUGCCGGAUGUUGACAGCCCCGCUGCUGAGCUCGAGCUGUGGCAGUUGCUGCUAUCACGUUUCUAGAAGUCUCCUCAUUUUGCUAGAAUAUUCCUGUCUGUCCACAUCUGCAGAAAAUCCAUGGCAACCGAAAGCAGGUUCCCCGAUAGCUUCAUAGACAAAGAUCCCAAGAAAGCUCUGGAGGAACUUAAUGAUGCCUUGCAAGAAGACUCUGACAGCGCUGAGUGCUUGUGCCAGCGUGCCUAUGCCCACAUACUCCUCAAAAACUACAGCUGUGCUGUUGAUGAUGCCAAAAAAGCACAGCAAUUAACACCCAGCCUUCCCCUUGCUUUCCUGCGAACAGGAAUAGCAGAAUACCACCUGAACCACUAUGAGUCAGCACACGCAGCCUUAGCACAGGGACAGCAGCUGGAUGUUACUGAUAAAUCCUUUGAGUUCUGGAUCAAGCAGUGUGAGAAGAUGAUGAGAGAGCUGACGCAGGCCGACAGCGGGUUGAGGACACCAGCGGUUCCACCUGUGAAACAUGACUGGUACCAAACAGAGUCUCACGUCAUUGUCACAGUCAUGGCAAAAAAUGUACCCAAGGAUGGUGUGCGUGUCAACUUCAUGGAAAAAGAGCUCUCUGCCACAAUACAGCUGGCAUCAGGGAAGAACUUCAACCUGGACCUCCACCUGCUGCACACAAUCACUCCUCAACAGAGCAACUUCAAGAUCCUCAGCACCAAGGUGGAGUUCAAGCUAAAGAAGACCGAUGGCAUCAGAUGGGAGAAGCUGGAGGGAGAGGGACAGGAGUCCAACAUCAAACACUUCAAUCCAAACCGGUGCCCUCCGUCGGCUGACCCUCUCGCCACCAAAUGGGACAAGAUGGUGGUGGACAUCAGCGAGGAGGAGAAAAGCGAGAAGCUGGAGGGAGACGCCGCGCUCAACAAGCUCUUCCAGCAGAUCUACUGCGAUGGCACAGACGAGGUCAAGCGAGCCAUGAACAAGUCCUUUAUGGAGUCUGGCGGUACCGUCCUCAGCACCAACUGGGUCGACGUGGGCAAGAAGAAAGUGGAGAUGAGCCCACCGGAGGACGUCGAGUUCAAGAAGUACUGAGCGCUUCCCCCUCCUCCCCCUCUCCUCCCCCCCCUCCCGCCCCUCCUCCUUCUCAUCUGUCCAUCUGAGCUCCGGCAGGAGCGCUUGUUGCUGCCUCCGUGAUCGUGCGCCACUCCCUCCUCUCUCCCCGAACCCAUCAGAGGUGCUGCGGCUCGCCUCGGCCUUCUCGUCCGACCCAUCUGUUGAACAGGUUGAUUUGCAUAUCGGUCGUAAAGGCCAUGGACCACGAAGGGAAGUCGGGAUUUAAGUUGACGUACCGGAAAUGCUGAGGGUGUUUGUUUAACUGGUAUCUAUGGUCGCAUUUCUUGGCUCAUACAGUUUGCCCUCCCCCCUCCCCUGUCACCCCACCCACCUGUACGCUCAGUAAAGCGGCUUCUGUGGAGUGUGUGUGGUGGGG